AUGGCUUCCCACGAGCAAGAGGACACCAUGCCCGAGGAGACUCAGGGCUACAAGCUCUCCCAGCCCAAGCAGAGUCUGGCUGAGUACCAGAAGAUGGUUCUGGGUGCUGCUGUUUGGGGGCGAGACAGCUCCAGCUGGGUCCCUUCAGAAAUGCCCCUCACACCUUUCUUCACCUUGCCUUGGGAUCGGAUGCAGAGGCGCAACCGUAAUAACGCCCUCGCCAACCGGAACUCCAUUGAGGUUCCCCCUGUUCCUCUCUCGACUCCCUCGGGAUCGCGUCCUCAGUCAUUUAAGAUGAUGGAGGAGAGACACCUUCACCGAGCAAGAGCUCUAUCACACCCUGUUCCUCCCAAUCCUCCCAACUCACCCCGCCUCCAAGAAAACAUGCUCACCCAAGAUCUCAACCUGAUUCGGGACUUUUAUAUGUCUCCCCUUGUCGUUAGGGCAGCACAUGGUCUGGCUGUUCUUGAGCCCUUGGACCUGGAACAAUACGAGAUGAGAGACGACCGGCCGACUAACAGCACCACAGACGAGAACGAUGAGUCUCUCCAGCGCUACAAGGAGUCUCUCGGCCUUGGCGGCGGCAAGGACCUCUCUGACGCUUCCGACCCCCGUGUCUGCAUCAUCCUCUCCCUGACCAUGGAGUCUCCCGGUCGCGACCCCGUCACCAUUGACCUGGCUGCUCCUGGCUCUGAGGCGACCCUCAAGGACAAGCCCUUCAAGAUCAAGGAGGGCGCCAAGUUCACCAUGGUUGCCAAGUUCAAGGUCCAGCACGAGAUUCUCAGCGGUCUGCAGUACGUCCAGGUCGUCAAGCGCAAGGGAAUCAAGGUCAGCAAGGACUCUGAGAUGCUGGGCAGCUACGCUCCCAACACCGACAAGCAGACCACUUACACCAAGCGCUUCCAAGAGGAGGACGCUCCCUCCGGCAUGCUCGCCAGAGGUCACUACAACGCCAUCUCCAGCUUCGUCGAUGAUGACAAGAAGACUCACUUGACCUUUGAGUGGUCUUUCGACAUCGCCAAGGACUGGUAG